CAGCUAACUUCAGUUCGUUCAACAUAACCAAAACCACGUGUGAAGUGUGUGUUAUAUUUUGAUUAUUUAAAUGCUAUGAAAUAAAAACCAUGGGUAAAUUCAGAUCGAAAAUAAAAGGUUCCUCAAAGGGGAAAAGAUGGCAGAAGGGUCAGUCAUCGAAUUCAAACCCGAAAACCCAGAAAUACCGGGAAAUGGCAAAAUCCCGGUUCUUCCAGGAGAACCUUAAUAACUCAGGUCUAACUCAACAAGCGCUACAGAAGCAUGACUAUAUGACCCUCUACGGUCAUAAUAAGAAAGUUGACGAUGAGCUGACUAUAGCUAAAGAGUUUGAAAGUAUGUCAGUGCGUACUGGCGAUGAUGACACGGAAACAGAAUACACUGGCUCACAGAAGUCUGGAACAUUCAAAACGUUUCAGACGUUUGCGUCAGAUUGGAGUCAGUGCUCUAAUAUUAGUUUUAGCAAACUCCUAACAAGGUUUGAUUCAAACAAUGCAGUACACAAAGAAAUGUUGGCAGUAUUAGCCGCAGUUACUGAAGUUAUCAAGGAACAAGGAGGCAAGGAGACCACUACAGAGUAUUUUGCAGCUUUGAUGCAAACUCUAAAAUCGUCAGAGGGUGAAGAAAGCCUAGUAGCCACAUUAUCCCUGCUUUCAAUGGGCAUCAAAUCUGUCCCACAAGCAGUAUUACGGAAACAGUUCUCAGAUUCUGCGGCGAUAUUCAUGGAUAUAUUGGAAAAGAAUGCGAAUUCUGAAAACGGGACCUUAUUGCGUAGUGCUAUAGGUUGUUUGUCAGUUUUAUUGAGGGCACAAGAGUAUGCGGUCUGGGGGCACUCGUCGACGAUGAAAGUGUUUGACUGUGUGCUCGCUUUUACUAUACAUUCGAAGCCAAAGGUACGAAAAGCAGCCCAACAUGGCAUUACGUCAAUACUCCGAGGCAGCUGUUUUAUGAUACCAUCAGAAGAUCAGAAGAAUAAGGUGAAACUCCACCCAGCCGCAAACCGUGUAGCGGAAUACUGUCUACAAGGAAUCAAACCGGAAGCCUUGCUCUCCGGUCACAGGACUGUGUUGCACACGCUGGCUAUGUUGCGCGAUGUGUUGCCAGCUUUCAGUAAGGAUAAUAUUAAGAUCACCUGCGAAGCGAUCCUCUCGCUAAUGACACACAAUAAUAUAUACAUUAAAACGUGCUGUCUCCACACGUUGCACGCUUUAUUCUCAACGCCCAUAGAUUCGUCGAACAUAACCUCAAACCUUGCGAUACAGUUGAACAGAGCGUUAAUGGCGGCUAGACCGCCGGCGAAUGAUACGGGGCAGAUAUUGGCGUGGGCUACAGUGCUGCAACAGGGAUACGGGUGUUUAGCUGGGCUCGAUAUAAACUUGUGUGUACCAAACCUGCCAGCGUUCGUCGGCAUUUGUGUGUCGGAACUGUGGCUCUCAGACGUUGCUGAAGUCAACGCAGCUUCUACCAACGCACUGAAAGCAAUUCUUCUGGACUGCGUGAAGCCGGCGCUAGACUCGGAGGAAUGUUUGGUAAAACACAAGUCACAUAUCGACGCCAUCUUUAAAACAAUCGGAACGGGUCUUGAUAAUCCGUUCAACCAAGCUAUCAAACAUGUUAUUCUGACUAUAGCUGUUUGUUUUGAGAUCGGAAACGAAAAAGUAGCAAACUCUCUCGGACCAUUACUAAAGAAACUCAACGAUCGUCGCGAAAGUCACAACUUUUUCAACGAAAAAGAAGCUGAAUACGCUACAGGGUGCGCUAUAAAAUCCCUAGGACCAGAAUUCGUGUUAAAAAUCAUUCCCAUACGAAACGGAGAGACAAUAAACCUAGAUAGAAGUUGGUUACUACCCGUGAUGAAGGAAAAAAUAACCAAUUCCAACCUAAAAUACUUCGCAACUGAUAUUCUAGAAUUGGCCACUUUUUGUAGGCGAAAAUCCCGUGAACUAGCCGAAGCAAAUGAUACUCCCGGGUCUCACACUUACGAUCUAUUGUGCAACCAAUUCUGGGCCUUAUUGCCCAGUUUCUGUAACUCUCCUAAAGACAUUAAGGACAGUUUUAAAGUGAUUGCCAGAGUUUUGGGGAGUGUUUUAAAGGAUAAUCCAGAGUUUAGAUUGUCUGUAAUGGCGGCUUUGAGGAAGUUGAUUGCGUGUUCUGUGGAUAGUGAUGGAGAUAAGGCGGAAUUGGGGAGGUUUGCUAAGAAUUAUGUGCCGAUUCUACUAAAUAUAUAUAUGUCGCCGGCUAAAGGGAGUACCGCGGAGGGACAGAGGCUAGCUGCAUUGGAGACUAUACAGGUAUACCUCACAAUAUGCGAUCAAACGUUACGCGAAGAGCUAUUCACAAACGCGCUCCAACAACUAGAGACCUCCGAAAACAAUCACUUCCAACGCGAAUCGAUUCUCGAUAUAAUCCGUCUGCUCGUACUCUACCAAAGUAGCGAACAAAUUGCUAACCUUUUUGACAAAUGGGUAUACCCAUUAUGCGAAACAGUACUGGAAAACCCGAAAAAACACAAAAAAACUAAAAAAGAAAACCAAGACAAAAUGGACGACGAGAAUAAUGAAGAUGGUAAGGAUAAAAAAGAAUUACGCUACAAGGACAAAGCGAAAUUGCUUGAAAUGGAACACAAAAAAGCGUACAGGAUAUUGGAAGAGAUAUUCAAAAGUGAUAAUGAUAGUUGUCAAGAGUUUUUGAAGUCGAAUUAUAAGAAAAUAAAGAAACUGUUGAUGACGUCGCUCAAUAAAGUGGCUGAUAGCAGCAAGGCGGCUAGAUUAAGAUGCAUAGAACACUUGAUUACCAUGCAGUCGUCGAAUCUCAAUUCUGAAAGUAAACUCAUCAAAUCGGCUAUAGCCGAAUCGGUUAUAUGCACUAAAGAUAUCAACACUAAGUGUAGGGAAUGUGCGUUUAGUGUUAUAACCGCGAUCGGGAAUAUACUGAAGGCACAGGAUGGAGGCAUGCAAGCGUUCAUAGACAUGUUACAAUCGGGUCUCUCCGCACCCCUACCGCGUAUAGUUGGUGCCACAAUCCGAGCAUUAUCAUCAGCUCUUUACAACUUUUCCGAGGAGAUGGGCCUGGAACUGGUCCAGGGGCUGCUGGAGACGAUGGCUGGAAUGAUGAUGAACGGGAAUAGGGAGAUUGUGGCUGCUGCUAUGAGUUUUUUGAAGGUAUACACAAAAGUGCUCCCCACAGAAGUUCUCUCCGGCAGCUUACCGCUAUUGUUCAAAACCCUGUCCACAAUGUCGGAGGAUUGCAAGCGACAUUCACGUUUGGAAAUCGGAUAUUUCCUCUCCCGUAUGGCGAGGAAGUUCGGUUCGGAAACCAUUGAGAAGUUAAUACCGAGAGAGGAUGAAAUUAUGCUGCGUAGACUGAGGAAUAUCAGGAAGAUGGAUAAUAGAAAGAAGAGGAUGAAGGAAGGAAGAGAACAAGAAUCCGAUUCUGAAACGGACAUAGCCGUGAAAGGCACGUCCAAGACCCUAGAGGACAUUCUGAAGGACUCGGACUCAGAAAUGGAGUACUUGGACGAGGAGAGACCUAAAGCGAAGGCCAAAAAGGGCAGGAACCAGGCCUGGAUUCAGGAUGAUCCGGAGAAUAUCGUGGAUCUGGCUGAUGUUUCUUCCGCUAGGAAGAUUACUGCUACGGAUCCAAAGAAGAAACGUGCGGUCGAAGAAAAGGCGCAAAAGAAGAAAGAUGGCGGCUUCCGUACAGCGCCCGAUGGCAGGUUGAUUAUAGCUGAUGAUGACUUCGGUGAUGAUGAUGAUGAUGAGCCCAAGCCCAGUGGUGAUAUAGAUAGUGAUACUGAUGAUACAGAUGGUGAAGAUAAUGAGAAACCUUCGAAAUUAGUGAAACCAGGAACUAAACGACGUUACGAUGAUAUUCUCAGUAUAAAGAGCGGACGGACGAAUAGAAGUAGGGCUUCCACUGCCACUGUGGCUUCUAAAUAUAAGGCUGGAGGAAAGGGUAUUCACAGACCACUUGGUUCAGCAGCAUCUGUAACAUCUGUAGGAACAGAUUACCGCUCAAAGAAAGCGAAGGGUGAUAUUAAAAAGAAGGGAAAACCGGAGCCGUACGCGUAUCUACCGCUGUCGAGGAAGAAUCUUAAUAAGAGGAAAAAGGCUGUUACAACGAAACAAUUCAAAGGCAUAGUCAAGUCCAAGACAAAAGGUGUUAAAAUAAAGCCGAAUAAAAAAUAAUAUUGAUUAAGUUAUUUAAGUUUGUUAUAUUUAAGGUUUUGUAGAAGAAAAGUGAGGAAUUGAUAGUCGAAAUUCUCAUAAUAUCCUGGUCAUAAACAAUAUACUGUUAAAUAUAAAGCUUUCGUAAUAAUUCAUGUUGAUUUUAUUAACUAUUUAAAAAGUUACGAAUUAUUGAUAUAUGGUAAUAUUUAGCUUCACUUUUUGUCCAUAUAAUUUCAUUCUUCUAUAACUUUUUUGCUGCUUUAUAUAGCUUAUUACGAUUUAGUACGAUUCAAACUUAAUGGCGGCUCGGAAGUUAGGUGCGAGUGCGGGUGCGCACAGGUCCCUUAAUGUCCCGCAAAUCAUUACUACAUCUUAAUAUAUAUAAAUCUCGUGUCACAAUGUUUGUCCUCAAUGGACUCCUAAACCACUCAACCGAUUAUAAUAAAAUUCGCACACCAUGUGCAGUUCGA